AUAAUGGACGUUAGCCUUUUACCAAAUUUCCACUAUAUAAUGGCUAACCUUGGAGGAAGAGACUCAAGACCAGUUUAGAAGCAGCUGGAAACCUAAAGAAAAAGGAGGAAACUGAGUGAGUGAGUAAGUGAGUAAGAAACAAUGGCUUCUGAAGAUGUGAAAGUUGGAGCAAACAAAUUCUCAGAGAGGCAUGCAUUGGGCACAGAAGCUCAGGGUGACAAGGACUACAAGGAGCCACCUCCAGCACCCUUGUUUGAGCCAGGGGAGCUGAAGUCAUGGUCAUUUUACAGAGCUGGAAUUGCUGAGUUUGUAGCCACCUUCUUGUUCCUCUACAUCACUGUCUUAACUGUCAUGGGUGUCAAUAGGUCACCCAACAAGUGUUCCUCUGUUGGCAUCCAAGGUAUUGCUUGGGCUUUUGGUGGCAUGAUCUUUGCCCUUGUCUACUGCACAGCUGGAAUAUCAGGUGGGCACAUUAAUCCGGCUGUGACGUUCGGUCUGUUUUUGGCGAGGAAGCUGUCGCUCACCCGAGCGCUGUUCUACAUUGUGAUGCAGUGCCUUGGAGCUAUCUGCGGUGCUGGUGUGGUGAAGGGUUUUGAGGGCAAUGCUCGCUUUGAGAUGUUCAAAGGUGGAGCAAAUGUUGUGAAUCCUGGAUAUACCAAGGGUGAUGGCCUUGGAGCUGAGAUUGUCGGUACCUUUGUUCUUGUCUACACUGUCUUCUCUGCCACUGAUGCCAAGAGAAAUGCCAGAGACUCUCAUGUUCCGCUUUUGGCCCCCCUUCCCAUUGGAUUUGCUGUGUUCUUGGUCCACUUGGCUACCAUUCCCAUCACAGGAACUGGCAUUAACCCAGCUAGGAGUCUUGGUGCUGCCAUUAUAUACAACAGAGACCAUGCUUGGGAUGACCAUUGGAUUUUCUGGGUUGGACCUUUCAUUGGAGCUGCUCUUGCUGCUGUGUAUCACCAGAUAGUAAUCCGAGCAAUUCCUUUCAAGACAAGGGGUUAAAUGAAGUAUCCAUAUGUAUUUGUUUUGAAUCAUUCUGUUUGUGUUGAACAUCUAUUUGUUUUUAAUCCAUCAUUUGUGUGUAAAUUAUGACCUAUAGUUAUUUGCUUGUUGGUUGUGACCUAAACUGAAAACUGAAGAUUAUUCUUUCA